AAACGCAUAUUUAAAUGAGCGAGUGUAUUUCAAUAUACUUAAAAUGAAUUUAAGAUGGAAACAGGCGGCCGUAAGUGGGGCGCGUGGCCACUAGCCACAUCAUUAUGCUUCGAUGACAGAUCGCCCAGAGAACCGCUGGAAGCCAGGUUGGUAAAUAUAGAAAUCGCGAAUAUGCUUGACAGAAAAGUGGCGUCGUAUUCUGCGUCAUUUCAGCAAAAACAAUUAUGCAAGAAAACGCUACGCAUGCACAUCAGGGCUUGGAAUAAACGUCCAUGUCGUAGGCGAUCUGAGCUGUCUGCCUAUCUUUAUCAUUGUGCAGCCUAGCUCCGCCUUCCUACCUGUAAAGCUCACUUGCUAUCUUUCCAGCAGAUCUGACAGCCCCUAUCAGCUGGCCGCUGUGUAGAGACUGAGGCAGAGUGAAUGGGGACGGCCAAAUAGCUAGCGCUGGCCGCGGAAUAAAACCGCACAACCGCAAUUAAAAUUACAAUUUCAUCAGAGAAUGGCGAUCGAAAGAUUCCUUCUUCCAUCUGAAAGCCUAUAAGAUUAUUGACAAGGUUGCGUUUGAGAGAGGGGGGAAAUCGAUGACCAACCGUUAAGCGACUGGGGUCCCUAACUCGAAGAAAGCUGGGUCGCAUUCUUGCUGAUUGAGGUCUAUUUUAUGCUCGCAGUAAAGAUCUAUAAGCUACACCAACCAAAGCCGAGACGACAGUUGUGAACUGAAUAUAUCUGCAAGAUGGAAUUGUCCAGGAAGGUUUGGGAAAAUCCGUCAAAAUGAGAGCGCACCGCCGUCACUAACGCGGAUUUAAAUGCGUUUUGCAGAGGGACACAGACUCGCUGUUUGAGCUUCGAAGCCCAGCUCGCCUGCUUGCCUGGCUCAUGAUUGGAAAUCGUCCUGUGUUGAAGGAAACUGGGGUAAAAUAACAACUGAAGGGAGAGGGAUAUUUGAACCAAUAUGGCUGAUGCGUGGAGCCGGGAACGCGGGCUGGAGCUCUCCAAGGCUUUUGGAUGCUAGCUGUGGCAGAUGGCAACGGUUCGUAUGGCGUCCGCAGCAGUAUAAUGAGUGCUAAUAUCAAUAGGCCUAAUAUAAAUCCGGACUCUGUAUACAUUUCCAAGAUGGAUGUGAUCAUCCCGUUCUCACCAGACGUGCCAUGUGAUAGCAAUGGCCAGCGCAUGUGGUGGGCAUUUCUCGCCUCAUCCAUGGUAACAUUCUUUGGGGGUCUGUUCAUCAUUCUCCUCUGGAGGACCCUCAAAUACCUGUGGACGGUGUGCUGCCACUGCAACGUCAAAAACAAGGAGGUGCAGAAGGUCAACAACCCGGCCAAUAACCCGGCAGAUGGGGCGUCCAAGGCCAAUGGGGAGAAAGAGGAGGUGGUCCCCAUCAGCGAGGUGGGCUGGAUGACCUCCGUCAAAGACUGGGCCGGGGUCAUGAUCUCCGCUCAGACCCUGACCGGCAGAGUGCUGGUUGUGCUGGUGUUUGCCCUCAGCAUAGGAGCUCUUGGGAUUUACUUCAUAGACUCCUCAGACCCCAUAGAAUCCUGUCAGAACUUCUACAAGGACUUCACGCUACAGAUCGACAUGGCUUUCAACGUCUUCUUCCUGCUUUACUUUGGCCUGCGCUUCAUCGCAGCCAAUGAUAAGCUGUGGUUCUGGCUGGAGGUGAACUCUGUGGUGGACUUCUUCACGGUGCCGCCGGUGUUUGUGUCGGUGUAUUUAAACAGGAGCUGGCUGGGUCUGAGGUUCCUAAGAGCUUUAAGGUUGAUACAGUUCUCAGAAAUUUUACAAUUUUUGAAUAUCUUAAAAACAAGCAACUCCAUCAAGCUGACUCUUAAAGACAGAUUGAUAACGUGUUCUAGACCGUUUGGAUUCCAUGUGGCAUUAUGCCCGUUACAUGUACUCCCUCGGUCUGCGUUUCAGGUGGAAAACUCAGGGGACCCUUGGGAAAACUUCCAGAAUUCCCAAUCACUUUCCUAUUGGGAGUGUGUGUACUUACUAAUGGUCACUAUGUCCACUGUGGGAUACGGAGAUGUCUAUGCAAGAACUACCCUGGGGCGCCUGUUCAUGGUGUUCUUCAUCCUCGGUGGUUUGGCCAUGUUUGCCAGCUACGUCCCUGAAAUCAUAGAGUUAAUAGGAAACCGCAAGAAAUAUGGCGGGUCCUAUAGCGCGGUAAACGGACGAAAGCACAUUGUGGUCUGUGGUCAUAUAACGCUCGAAAGUGUAUCCAACUUCCUGAAAGACUUCCUCCACAAGGACAGGGAUGAUGUCAAUGUAGAAAUUGUUUUUCUCCAUAAUAUUUCCCCUAAUCUUGAGCUGGAAGCCUUAUUUAAGCGCCACUUCACUCAGGUGGAGUUUUACCAGGGAUCUGUUCUCAAUCCGCACGAUCUUGCCAGAGUGAAGAUUGAGUCUGCUGAUGCCUGUCUGAUCCUGGCUAAUAAAUACUGUGCAGAUCCUGAUGCUGAAGACGCCUCCAAUAUCAUGAGGGUCAUCUCCAUCAAGAAUUAUCAUCCAAAGAUACGAAUUAUCACUCAGAUGCUACAGUACCACAAUAAGGCCCAUCUGCUGAACAUUCCGAGCUGGAACUGGAAGGAGGGGGACGAUGCCAUCUGCCUGGCCGAGCUGAAGGCUGGGUUCAUCGCCCAGAGCUGCCUGGCCCAGGGUCUCUCCACCAUGCUGGCCAACCUCUUCUCCAUGAGGUCCUACAUCAAGAUCGAAGAGGACACAUGGCAGAAAUAUUAUCUGGAAGGAGUAGCCAAUGAAAUGUACACAGAGUACCUGUCUAGUGCCUUCGUAGGCCUGUCGUUUCCUAUGGUUUGUGAAUUGUGCUAUGUGAAGCUGAAGCUUUUGUUGAUAGCCAUUGAGUACAAGUCAGAACAAAGAGAAAGCAGAAGCCGAAAGCGUAUUCUUAUCAACCCUGGGAACCACGUAAAGAUGCAGGAAGGGACGUUAGGAUUCUUCAUCGCCAGCGAUGCCAAAGAAGUAAAGAGGGCAUUUUUCUACUGCAAAGCGUGUCAUGAUGACAUCACAGACCCCAAAAGGAUCAAAAAGUGUGGCUGCAAGCGGUUGAUAUAUUUGGAAGAGGAGCACCCGUCAACACUGUCGCCAAAAAAAAAACAGAGAAACGGCGGCAUGCGAAAUUCGCCCAACUGCUCGCCCAAAAUGACGAGGCAUGACCCCUUACUGAUUCCGGGAAGUGAGCAGAUUGAGAACAUGGACAUUAACGUGAAGAAGUACGACUCCACGGGCAUGUUCCACUGGUGUCCCUCUAAGGAGAUUGAGAAGGUCAUUCUGACACGGAGCGAGGCCUCCAUGACGGUACUGAGUGGCCACGUGGUGGUCUGCAUAUUUGGGGACUUCACGUCCGCGCUGGUGGGCCUGCGGAACCUGGUGAUGCCCUUGAGGGCGAGCAACUUCCACUACCACGAGCUGAAGCCCAUCGUGUUCGUGGGCUCCCUGGAGUACCUGAAGAGGGAGUGGGAAACGCUCCACAACUUCCCCAAGGUGUCCAUCUUACCUGGUACGCCAUUAAGCCGGGCUGAUUUAAGGGCUGUCAACAUCAACCUCUGCGACAUGUGCGUUAUCCUGUCAGCCAAUCAGAACAAUAUCGACGAUGCCUCACUGCAGGACAAGGAAUGCAUCUUGGCUUCGCUCAACAUCAAGUCUAUGCAGUUUGAUGACAGCAUCGGGGUCUUGCAGGCUAAUUCCCAAGGUUUCACGCCUCCCGGGAUGGACCGGUCCUCUCCAGACAACAGCCCGGUCCACGGCCUCGUGCGACAAGCUUCCGUCACCACCGGCUCGAACAUCCCCAUCAUUACUGAACUGGCCAAACCGGGCAAACUACUGCCUUUGGUUUCACUGAAUCAGGAAAAAAACAGUGGAACCAACAUUCAAAUGAUAACUGAACUGGUGAACGACUCCAACGUUCAGUUCCUGGACCAAGAUGACGACGACGAUCCGGACACGGAGCUGUACCUCACUCAGCCCUUCGCCUGCGGGACGGCGUUCGCCAUCAGCGUGCUGGACUCCUUAAUGAGCGCGACGUACUUCAACGACAACAUCCUGACUCUGAUCCGGACGCUGGUGACGGGGGGGGCCACCCCGGAGCUGGAGGCCUUGCUGGCCGAGGAGAACGCGCUGCGGGGGGGCUACAGCACCCCCCAGACCCUGGCCAAUCGGGACCGGUGCCGCGUGGCACAGCUGGCGCUGUACGACGGGCCCUUCGCUGACCUGGGGGAUGGUGGCUGCUAUGGUGACCUCUUUUGUAAAGCAUUGAAAACAUAUAACAUGCUUUGCUUUGGAAUUUACCGGUUAAGAGAUGCACAUCUCAGCGGUCCAAGCCAGUGCACCAAGAGAUACGUCAUUACCAAUCCGCCGUACGAGUUUGAGCUGGUCCCCACCGACCUCAUCUUCUGCCUGAUGCAGUUUGACCACAACGCCGGCCAAUCACGGACGAGCCUGUCCCACUCCUCACACUCCUCCCACUCCUCCAGUAAAAAGAGCUCCUCCGUGCACUCCAUCCCCACCGUCAACCGGCCCAGCCGGAGCAAGGCCCGCGAGUCCAGGGACAAGCAGAAUGCAACAAGGACGAAUAGAGUGAGCCAAGGGAAACGACACUAUAAAAGUAUCAGCGUUUUACAGGAAAACACUAAACAGGAAAAGAAAUGGUUUACAGAUGAACCGGAAAAUGCCUACCCAAGGAACAUUCAGAUCAAGCCCAUGAGCACUCACAUGGCCAAUCAAAUCAACCAAUACAAGUCCACAAGCAGCCUGAUUCCACCAAUCAGAGAAGUUGAAGAUGAAUGCUGAUCAGCUGACCCCUGGGGUCGUGUGGGAAAAGCAUGGACAUUCUCCUGAAAGAAAGGAAGUGCAGAUGAUCACGAUGCUGUCUGGUUCUUUUCUCCUCGCGCGUACCGCUCCUUAAGGUUUUACACGAUAGACGGGACCCUCUUAUGUGUAUACUAUAUGUUACUUCCAUGCUCUUUGAAAAUAUUUUAUUUAUAAAUGUAUACAGGAUACAUGUAUAUAAUGACAAUCAUUUACGGAUUGUACAGCCUUUAGCACUUUUUGAAAUGAUUUUAAGAGAUAUCUCCUGUAAUUAUUUGCAAUAGUACGCUGUGUCUGUGACCGGACUCCUUAUUUUCCCUUUUGGGGAGGAUGAGGGCCAUUAUAGUGGGUGUAAAAAGGACAUUUCCCAAAGAAUCACACCACAGACUUCAUAUCAGCCAGACAUUCAUGUAUUUUGUUAUGCAUAUCAAACAUUUGCUUCUUUUAAUGAUUUGCACUAAAUGAAACUAUUUUUUGAAAGGAACAAGUAGUAGUUUAUCAAAUAUAAGCAGUUUAUCAAAAUGUAAAAAUCAUGGAAAGGUCAACCUUUUUUUAUAUUUUUCACUUGAUUGGAGGAAAUGUCUGUGGCUUUAUACAGAAGGUACUGAACCAGAGGUUUGCAAGAACAGGAGUUAGCAGAUGCUGCAGUGAACUAUAGAAUAAUAUGAAUGAUUGCAUUCCAGUUGUGUGACACUACCACAGUCCUAGAUGCUGCAGAAAUACACUAAUACCCACUCCUUGGGUUUGCCUGGGUUUGCACCUGCUGAUUUAGCCAACAAUAUCCUGACCAUGUGCUAUCGCAUAUAAUCUCUACAGUGUAUCCCUGAAUUUGUCCCCUGUGGACCAUUUAAUAUGGGUCUUCCCCUGACCCUGCACAUACGCGCGUGCUACAGGUCCACACAUAUUUCUCAGUUCUAUAUCUGUACCAGUUUUCUGAGCAAUUUCUCAGAAUGCAGAACCUGGCAGUGACACUGUGCUAAUCCGUAUGAGUUUUCACCCUCCGGACUCUGCACUAUGAUUGAGCUGCUCAAAUGUGAAUUAGGACGUGUUGACGUGUUUUUGGCGACAGCACUGAAGAUGAGAUCUGCGUGAUGUAACAUGGGAAGUGAUGUGAACUGCAGAAUGCCAUGUUGGAGCACAUUAUUAAAAUGUCUGCAGAUUUCCUCGGUCCAGAUUUGAGAAUGCCACGUAUUGCAUACAGCAGGCAUUUAACGGGUCCUCCUUUGGCUGUGGCCACUGCCUGGCACAGAGUUGGCAUGGAGGCGGUUAGAAGUGCUUGGAUGUUCUCCAUGACCAAUCUCCACACCACAUCAUUCAAACAAAUUUACCCGACAUUUGAACUACAGAAGCUCAAUCAUAGUUGCACUUGCACUGUUGGGGGUGGGAGGGGAAUACGGAUGGCACUAGAGAAUGCAAUCUUUCAGUUAUUCUGGUAGAGACAUGAAUCACAGGCAUUCCGAUUUCCCCGGUCCCCAUGUGCGUUCAUCACGAAACCACACCCAUCCUCUUACAGAUUUGACGUUGUGAUUUGUUGGCAGAACCAUUCAGAUGCUAUUCUUAAAUUCAGAAUUAUUUUCUAAGAUUUUCAGGUUAAUUUAAAUUUAAGCCUCACAGGAAUUCCAUUUCAUGUUAAUUUUUAUACAUCUUUGGCACUUCACAUUGACACAGAAUUAAACUACAUCACAUCCAUGCUGAAAAUACGAACUUCAUUACUUGACAAACCAAACACCUUAAUGUUGGUGACAUUUUUAUUCUGCUUUCUGUGAGUUAUGUAAAAUCAUGAUCAUUCUUAUUUUUUAUUUUUUUUAAAAGCAAUGUUUUACAGUUUUUCCACAAACCCUUCUUAGCAACUACAAGUACUUCACAAAUAAGAACGCUGAUUUGGUUUCCUUUGAGUGUUAAAAACCUGGGUGGUGUUUCUGCCGCAGUGUUAAUCGAGUCUCCCAUUUGCAUCUCGCAUUCUGAAGGGAAGAAAAAUGUGAAUGACACAAAAAUUAAGUUACCAAUCCAACUGUGCGUAAUCUGAAGUUUAGAAGAGUGUAUCUAACUAACAGUGACUUGAUGUGCAUGAAGCCAGCUCAUUUAUUAAGGCCUGCAGCCAGCUCUGUUGUGAAAUGGGUGGAACUUAAUUAUUUUCAUUAUUACUAUUUGACCUAAAUUAGGUCUCAUUAAAGGAGAAGAACAGUCAGAUAUUUUCAUUUGUCUUGACAAAUAAUAUUCUCUCUGACUUGUGUUGGGGAAAAAAAAAAAAAUACCACAAGAUAACCAUCAGAGCAUCCCUGCCUACGGGCAGUGGAGGCAGUAGCCGUAAGAAAUGGAAAAAUAAUGUUUUAAUCACUGGGGGGAAGAGAACCCGCCCUGUAAAUUCUGCCGUUCCCAGAGAACAUUUUAAGCAAAACUGUUCCAGCUUCUGUCUGUCUGUCCCCUGGCUGUGGUGCGGUAUGAUGUUGAGCUUAUCGUGUCCACAUAAGCCUUGUUCUGGAGUGAAGUUUUGAAUUGUGACUGCAUUGUUGUUACACUUUGUAGCAAGUAGACUAAAGAAAAAUGUGAGUAUAAUGUACAUAUAAUUGGAUUGUUGAUAAAAUUCCUAUUAGCCAGAAAAGAUGAUAAUGGUAUAUAUUCAUUUCACUUCAGAAAAGAGAAAGAUGAUUUGUUCAUAUAGAAAUGUUCACUCUGCUUCCUAUUACUUCAAAUCCUGUCCUGUAACAAAAUUCAAGAUUUUUGUUGAAAUGAAAAAAACCUGUUCAAGUAAGUAAAGUUUAUUGAUGUCAAGUGUCAUUUGAUGUCAUAAAAUAGCUUAUUACUGAGACAAAUAUUUAGGGGAGCACCUAUUUAAGCUAAGGUAUAGAGAAUUAAAGAUCUCCUUUAGUAUGUUUUUCUUGUGAAAUUUAUAUUUAAGGGGUUACAUUCCAUAUUGUCAGCUGUUUUACUUUGAUUAGCAAUACUCUCGGUUCGUUUGCUGCUACAACACUCUUUACAUUUUGAAAGUUCUGCAAUAUCAGUCAGUUAAAAACCAUGCGAACAUACAGUAAUAAAGAGUGCCUAGACACUAUCUAGCAGCACAUAUCAGUUAGAUUUUUUUAUUUUAUUCAUUUGUUUCAUUUCUGAGGCCAAUAGCAUUUCUGUGAUGGUAAACAGUGCGAGACUGAGCUUAUUACCCCCCCCCCCCCCAGCUCUGGGCAGAGGUGUGUGGCAGCGUGCUGUGGUACUGGCGUAGAGAACAUCCAAGCCUCAGACGCCUCUACGCCAGUGCACCAGUGUCAGGCAGUGUGUGCCAGUGUGCCAGUGUCAGGCAGUGUGUGCCAGCCAAAGGAGGAUCCCAUAAGACCUGCUGUUGCGAAAAGUGGCAUGGAGAGAGGUUAGGGGCACGCGUGCAAAUACACCUUUCCAUACCCGUCUUCAAAACCAAACAAGGUGUGUGUUACACUGUAUGUACAUAUAUAAAUAUUAAUCUUAUAUAUGUAUAUACAUAUAUAUAUAUAUAUAUAUAUAUAAUAGCUGUUUCUCAUUAAUGUGAGACAUUUCACAGCUGGAGCACAGCGAUGUGAGCAGGACAGUGCGGUGUGAGCUCACAGCUGGAGCACAGCGAUGAGAGCAGGACAGUGCGGUGUGAGCUCACAGCGAUGAGAGCAGGACAGUGCGGUGUGAGCUCACAGCUGGAGCACAGCGAUGAGAGCAGGACAGUGCGGUGUGAGCUCACAGCUGGAGCACAGCGAUGAGAGCAGGACAGUGCGGUGUGAGCUCACAGCGAUGAGAGCAGGACAGUGCGGUGUGAGCUCACAGCUGGAGCACAGCGAUGAGAACAGGACAGUGCGGUGUGAGCUCACAGCGAUGAGAGCAGGACAGUGCGGUGUGAGCGCACAGCGAUGAGAGCAGGACAGUGCGGUGUGAGCUCACAGCGAUGAGAGCAGGACAGUGCGGUGUGAGCUCACAGCGAUGAGAGCAGGACAGUGCGGUGUGAGCGCACAGCGAUGAGAGCAGGACAGUGCGGUGUGAGCUCACAGCGAUGAGAGCAGGACAGUGCGGUGUGAGCUCACAGCUGGCCAUCAGGCUCCUCUUUAGCGGGUGGUUUAACGCGCACCUGUCUGGUGUGUGCGGUCAGGUUCCCAUCAACCGUGUGAGGUCACCCAGCCCGUGGCAUUGUGCUGCACCUCGCAGAUUUAUUUUCUUGCUGUAAGGGAUAUGACAUCUUUAUUGAUAAUUUCUGGAAAUUAUAAUAGACAGGUGUAAAACAUAAUUUUGGAUAAGGGGUGGGGGGGAUGUAAGUCUUAAGUAAGUGUAAAGAAUUACAUUUGGCUGUUUUUUAUGGUAAAACUAGCAUUCUUUUGGGUAGUGUAAUGGCUGCCUUUCAUCCAGGAUACAUUCAGGACAUUCAUACAAAGUGUGUGUGACUCUGUGACAUACGCUCAUUUAACAGGAAAGAAAGGUGGUAUAGAAAUGGAAUCCAUGGAUUUGCUUCAGCUAAAGGAAUUGUGGAGAAACUGAUGGUGCUGAGUUGAUCUACCUGACUCUGUCAUAAAUAAUAUCUGCUGAUAAAUAUGCUGUCUUGUAAAAAAAAAAGAAAAAAGAAGUUUGUACAUAAAUUGUACAUGGUUUCAUUUUGUAUUUUCUCAAAUUAAAAUGGAUGUAUUUGUGGUCUAUAA